CCUUGUUUCAAUUCGCACAAAUUCGCUUCUGAGCUCACUGCUUCAUUUUUUGUUUUGCUUUUUGUCGUCAUGGCUGAAACGCCAUCUACGACUGGGUACGACUACGACCUGAUUGUGGUCGGCGGCGGCAGCGGCGGUUUGGCGCUCUCCAAGCAAGCCGCCAAGCUGGGCAAGCGAGUGUGCGUGCUCGAUUUCGUCAAGCCGUCGCCGCAGGGCUCGACGUGGGGCCUCGGUGGCACAUGCGUCAAUGUCGGCUGCAUCCCAAAGAAGCUCAUGCACCAGGCUUGCCUGCUGGGCGAGGCCAUUGAGGACGCGGAAAAGUUUGGCUGGGAGGUCGAAAAGGCCAACAUCAAGCACGACUGGUCGAAGCUUGUGAUGGGCGUCAGCGAUCACAUCGGAGGCCUCAACUUUGCCUACCGCGUCUCCUUGCGCGAGAACAACGUGACCUACUUGAAUGCGUACGGCGUCUUCAAGGAUGCCCACACGAUUGAGUGCACGGACAAGAAGCGCAAGGUCACGACCUUGACCGCCGAGCAUUUUGUGCUUGCUGUCGGUGGCCGCCCAAAGUACCCGGACAUUCCUGGCGCCCGCGAGCUCGGCAUUACGAGUGACGACAUGUUCUCGUUGCCAUACGCGCCCGGCAAAACCCUGGUCGUUGGUGCCUCGUACGUUGCGCUCGAAUGCGCGGGCUUCCUGACGGGUCUUGGCUACGACACGACCGUCAUGGCGCGCUCCAUCUUUCUGCGCGGAUUUGACCAGCAAUGUGCCGAGCAGAUCGCCGCGUACAUGAGCGAGCAUGGAACCAAGUUCCUUCGCCGCUGCGUUCCGCUUUCGCUCGAGCGCAUUGAGCCCGAAGCCGACAGCGCCACGGGUCGUCAUCGCAUUCGCGUGACUUGGGAAGAUGGCCUUGCCAACGAGCCGGGCUCGGAUGUUUUCGAUACCGUGCUCUUUGCCAUCGGCCGUGAGGCGGUGACGUCGACCAUCGGCCUCGAGGCACUCGGGCUCAAGGCCAACGCAUCCGGCAAGGUGGAUGCUCCACUGGAACAGACUUCCGUGCCCAACGUCUUUGCGAUUGGCGAUGUCAUUAACGGGCGUCCCGAGUUGACUCCUGUGGCUAUUCAGGCUGGCCGGCUGCUGGCCAAGCGCUUGUACGGAGGCGCGACCACGCAAAUGGACUACGCAAACAUUCCCACCACCGUUUUCACUCCCCUCGAGUACGGUUGCAUCGGCAUGGCCGAGGAGGAUGCGAUUGCUCUUUACAAGGAGGAGAACAUUGAGGUUUUCCAUCAAUACUUCCAGCCGCUCGAGUGGACGGUUGCCCAUCGCCCCGCCAGCACCUGCUAUUGCAAGCUGAUUUGCAACAAGCUCGACAACAUGCGUGUCAUCGGCCUGCACAUUCUUGGUCCCAACGCAGGCGAGAUUACGCAAGGUUAUGGCGUGGCUUUCCGUCUGGGAGCCACCAAGGACGACUUUGACAUGACUGUGGGCAUCCAUCCUACCUGCUCGGAGAACUUUACGACGCUCGACAUCACCAGAGCCAGCGGCCUGGACCCGGGCGCCAAGGGCUGCUGAGGUUAAGCCCUGCUGCAUUUUCCAUCGCUAACGCCAGAUUACACCACCACCAAUGAGAACCUUCUCUACUUGUUACCUAAAACGGGGUCGGUAUUUCUCUCUUGUGUCGAGCAUGUGGCCGAUUGAGCGUCAGCGAGCAGCAGGGCGGUCGUUUUUUUAGUUCUUUCGCUUUUUUUUUUCUAUGUGUUUUUUCCCUUCUUGUCUUGCCGAUAUGGUCGCGUCUACUUUUUCUUCGUGGUUUGUGCUUUUUAUCUUUUAUUUGGUUUACUCUCUGAGCUUUUGAAAACAUGGCGAGUGCAUUUUUGCACUUGCGUUAUGACGAUUCCGCUACUUUAAAACCCUUUUGCGUGCCAUGUUGCACCGAGUGGCGUUGAAUCUGAUGAUGUGUUGAUGAAAUUCAGUCUUGCUGUUUGCUAUGUGUGUUCGUGUUGACUUGGUGAAACAAACAAAAAAAUUAUCACCAAG